AUGAAGUAUUUCCAAAAUGGAUUGAAUCAAAUUUGCUAAUAAAUAAUUAGACCAGCAAGAGCAGAAUAUACAAUAUAUGAUUUAUGUAUAUCUACAUAAUUAUUAUUAUCAAUAGCUUCUUAUUAGAUUUAAGAAGAUAGUUAAUAUAUAAGAGAGGAUAUUGAUAUCAUCAAUCCUAGAUAAGAAGUUAUUAAAGUUAGUUAAUACAUAGGCUAAUAAAAAAGUGAUGUUUGCAUUAUAUAUUUGCAUACAGCCAAUGGUUCUAGAAUGGAAGUGAGCAAAUAUGUAUCAAUGAUUAUUAAAAAUGGCUUUGGUUUGAUUUCAUUUGAUUUUACUGGAUCUGGAAUGUCUGAUGGAGAUAUUGUGACUUAUGGAUAUAGAGAAGUUGGAGAUUUAUAAACUGUUAUUACACAUUUCUAAUCAUCAUAUAAAUAAAUAAUAUUAUGGGGAAGAUCUAUGGGUUCUGCCGUUGCUAUAUAAUAUAUGCAAAAAUUCAAUAAUAUACUCAUCAAAGGAAUGAUUUUGGAUAGUCCAUUUGUUUGCUUAUAUGAUGUAAAUAAAUACUUCAAUUGAAUUAGGUCAUUUUAUAAAUGGCAUCAACUAAAACUAAAAUUCCUAAUUUCAUAUUGAAGAGUCUUUCUACAUUUGUAUCAAAUGAACUCAAAAAAUAAGCAGGAUUUGAUUUAGAGGAUAUAAAUUGUUUGAAAAAGAUUUCUACAAUUAAAUGUCCUGCUAUAUUUGUCACUUCCAAAUCAGAUACUAUUGUACCAUCUGAAUAAACAGAAAAACUUUUUAAAUCUUAUACAGGUAUCAAAUAAAUCCAAUACACAAAUCAAUAACAUAAUGGUAUAAGAGAUCAUUCUUUUAUUGAAACACUUAUUCAUUGGUUUAAAAAGAGAACUCCUAUCUUUGAGAGAUUAGGAGUGGGCACUUAAAUUAAAUAGAGAAUUAUGCAUAAAUAAAAAAAUACAUUAGGAUCAAUUAAAUAGGUUUCUUUGGAUCUCUAUAAAGAAAGAUCUUCAACACUUGAAUGUUGUAAUUUUUAUUUUUAUUUAAGAUUAAAAAAGUUUGAAUACUUCUAUAUCUCCAAGAUAAAUAAUCAUGAAUAAAAAAAAAUUAACUGCAGAAGAGAAGUAUAAUCAAUUAUUGGAAACUUAAAGAUCUCUUUAUUAAGAUCGUUCAGUUUCUGCAAAAAGAAUUUAGAUUAGCAACUCUAUUGAUUAUUAAAUUUCUCCAAUGCCUUUAGGACCUUUAAGUAAUAAAAUAGUCAAUACAUCGUAACAUAAUUAUUUCUCUCAUUCAAAACCUAUUACUUUCACUAAGGUUCCUCAUAAGACUAAAGAUUGUACUUAUGUUUGA